AGAAACAAAACAGGAUGUUGACCAAGCUAAACAUAUCCCAAUCUUUCGUCUGUUUCUCCUACCCAUUUUCUUGUUCUCAAUGUUCGAUAACAUGAUGGAAAUAAGAGAAAAACUGUUCAAUAAUUUUCAGAUUCGGUGGACCGCGUCAUUUCCUAACAGAGCAAUAACUAGGUAGUCUGCUGAACAGGCUGAAAAGAGUUCCCGGCGGCGCCGAUCUCCGAAUCUCCGAAACGACUAGCGAUGCUGACGGCAGCCAGCUUGAAUCGCCUGCCGCCGCUGGAUCCGCGCGGUUCCGCGGUCGGGCACACACGGCAGCCGAACCGGGACACUUUUGUCUUCAACGACGCGCAGUCGGCGGUGACAAAUGUGAGCAGCUCCGCCACGUCGCAGGUCUCAACCGUGUUGCAGCAAUUGGGGCAGAAGAAGCAGCACAAGGACGCGUUGCUCUACGCCCGGUUUUCGCCCAACGGGGAGCCGGAACUGAUCGACUCGCACAUCCACCCGAGCUUGCGGCAGCACUUCGAGGAGCGGCUGCAGCAGGCCCGCGAGAGAGACGAGGAGAAAGCGGCGGAGCUCAGCGGCAAGAAGGUACCCACCAGUAAGAAGCGGAGAAAUAAAAAGCAAGACGAGCAGGAAAUAAACAAGCUCGUGCUGCCCAAAAUCACGAAGCAGCAGCAGUGGGAGGGGCUGCGGACGCGUGAGGGCAUUUUCUACCAUUACAACUGGUACACCGGGGAGGUUCGGUACACGGUAAGUCCGACGGACGACGGGAAAGAUUUUGCCGAGGACGUGCUGGCGCUGCGGGCGCACCGGAAAAACCCGCAUUUAUUGCACCUGGAACGGAGAGAGCGGGAGGAUUUAGAGGCGGCGGAGGAGGCGGGCGAGUACUACGACGACGAGGAUGCUCCUGGUGCGCUGGAGGAGGAGGAAGAGGAGGAGCCACGGGAGUGGCGGUCCUCGGACAGCGACUACCCGUUUGAGCACGAGGCCCCGUGUCUGUUCGACGGCCACGGGUACCGCAUCAACGGGUACGGCCGCCGACUGGAGUACGAGCGGGAGCGGAUCGAGCUGCCGAUGCGGUUUGAGCCGUCGAAGAACAUAUCGCAGGAGCACCGCUACGGCGGGCCCAGCUCGAAGUGGGUCGGGAAGUUCAAAUCGGUGCGCUACCACUACCACUUCUCGCACUGGAAGAACAAGAAAACAGGGCAGAGACUCUCGAACGACUUCCCGAGACAUUUCGGCUACAGGGCCACGCACGACUGAGAUUUUGGUUUCUUCUUGUUGUGUACUCUAAAGUCCAUCGCACUGGUUCCAUUUCGAUUUCCUCCCUGGGGGAGGGGUAACAAGAAUUCUGGAGCUUACAGAUAUAUAAGCAGCGCCUUUUUGCG